UGAAAACUAAACCCCAUCAUUUCUAGUUUGUUUGUUGUUUUUUCCUCCAUGAUAACUUUGACUGGUUGUUUGUGCUUUGUUCAGACUCUCUAGCUAGUCAUUUUGCCAUCUCCUCUACACUCUCAUCUUUGUUUUCAUCUUCAUUUUACUCACCAUCGAUCUUUGCUGCUCUGCACACGACUCAGAGGCCUAAAACAGAGUUGGAAUUCAGGAAGAAGUUAUCCAUACCAAAGCUCGCUUCAUAUUCAGAGCUGCUUUUAUUGACCCUACGAGAUAAGCAACAAUGGCCGAAAGUGUUGUGAAUGUUCUCCUACAGCAACUACCCCAACUCAUAGAAGGAGCAAGUUUCCCUCUUAGAGUGGAAGAUGAAGUCAAGUCAUUUCAGAGGGAGCUCGAGAGGAUAAAUAUCUUCCUCGAGAACUCCGAUGGGAAACGGAAUAAGCAUGAAAAUGUGAAGAAGUUAGUGAGGCAAAUCAUUGAAGUUUCUUAUGAGGCUGAGGAUGUUAUCGACACGUUCAUCCUCAAAGUCCAAGAACACAAGAAGAGGAAUAUCGCAGGACAGAUUAUCUAUAGCAUUCCGCAUGCAAAAAUGCUGCACGAUGUUGCGAAGAAGAUAGAAGCCCUCAACAAAGAGAUCAACAAAAUCUAUGACAAUAUAGAAAAGUAUGGCAUUGAAAGACUUGAAGCAAGUGUAGAUGCAGAAGCGGAGAAGGCACUGCAUAGGCGUAGGAGACACGUCGAGGAAGAUGACGUGGUGGGCUUCCUUCAUGACUCUGAUACAUUGGUGAAUCAGCUUACUCAGAGAACAGAGAAUUCAAAAUUGGAUGUCAUUUCAAUCAUCGGCAUGGGUGGGUUGGGAAAGACGACUCUUGCCAAGAAAAUCUACAAUAAUGAUCAUGUCAAGCGGCACUUUCAUUGCCGUGCAUGGGUUUAUGUAUCUCAAGAUUUCAAAACUAGAGAGUUAUUGCUUGAAAUUUUAAAAUCCCAGAUAACAAUAUCUAAUCAGUUGACAAGGAAACUGGAAGGGAUGAGUGAGUAUCAAGCAAUAGAGUGUCUAGUCGAGAAGUUGCUUAAAUGCUUGCAACGGAAGAGGUACCUAGUAGUCAUGGACGACAUCUGGGAGACUAAAGUCUGGAAUGAGGUAAAAUAUGCUUUUCCUGAUAACUCUAAUGGAAGUAGAAUAUUAAUCACUAGUCGCAUAAAAGAUGUGGCCUUACAUUCAAGUCUUACUCCUCCUUACUUUCUCCAAUUUCUUAACAAAGAUGAAAGCUAUGAACUCUUUCUUAAAAAGGUGUUCCGAGGAGGAGAAUGUCCUGCCGAAUUAGAAACUUUGGGGAGACAAAUUGCAGAAGGUUGUCGUGGCUUGCCACUCUCAAUUGUAGUAUUAGGGGGUCUUUUAGCGGCCAAAGAAAAGACACAUCAAACAUGGUCGAAAGUGAUUGCCGAUGUAAAUUGGUACCUUACCGAAUGCAAGGACAUUUUGGCCUUAAGCUACAAUCACCUGCCGCGACGCUUGAAACCAUGUUUUUUGUAUUUUGGUGCAUAUCGAGAAGACUCUAAAAUCCAUGUAAGGGGUCUGAUCCGAUUAUGGAUAGCUGAAGGAUUCAUACAGAACAUUGGUAAAAGAAACAUUGAGGAUGUUGCUGAAGACUACUUGGAGGAGCUCAUUAAUCGAAACUUGAUCCAAGUGGCGACCAGGAGGUCAGAUGAAGGAGCAAAGACAUGUUGUAUUCAUGAUCUUUUGCGAGACCUGUGCAUAACCAAGAGCGAGGAAGAAAAUUUUCUUUAUGUACCUAAAGAUGAUAGUCGUGCAUCCUGGAACACCUUUCGGAGACUUUCCAUCCAGAGUAGCAACAAUAUUUUUGAUCAAUUAACUUCUUCAAACACCACAGGCGCUGGCGGUUCAUCUGCUCAUUCUUUUUUGUUCUUUUCGAAAGAUUUCAAGUUUAACGAAAUCCAUUGGAAGUGGAUCCACAGAAACUUGAAAAAGCUACGAGUGCUUCAUAUUGAGCCAUGUGGCUAUAAUGUCAUUCCCGAAGAGAUAGGAACAUUGAUCCAUUUGAGGUACUUGAGGAUAAGUUUUAAAUUCGGUGAAGAGGGAUAUAUUCCAGCUUCGAUUGGCAACCUUACGAAUAUAGAAACACUUUUGAUAAUUGGUACUGCGUCAAGAUGUUUGCCGGACUCGAUAAUGAAGCUGCCACGUUUAAGGAAUUUGUAUGGGACAGUGAAUUUCUCUGAGCACUUGGACACAUCUCUUUGGAACCUGCAAGUCCUUACUACCGUAAGACCAUCUGCCCAAUUUGGGGAUCUCAUUGUCAUGGGCAAGCUUCCUAAUAUAAGGAAAUUAGCGCUAUGGGAUUGUGAUGUAGUUGGUUUUUUGGCAAGCCUCCAUCGUUUAAGUCAUCUCCGAAGAUUGAAAAUUGUAUAUAGUGGUAAAGAAAACAAUAUUAGUAGUCUUCCUAAUUCAUUUCCAAAGACAGUCACCAGGAUAAGCUUAUGGCGUGUGAGAUUUGAUGACAGUGGGAUGGAAGUGUUGGGAAAACUUCCCAAACUUGGGAUACUUGAACUAGGGAAAUGCCUUUCUUUUAGUGGCCUGCACGUCCAUGCAGGUUCGUUUCCAGAACUCCAAGUCUUAAAAUUUUGUGAUGAGGAAAUUGUAGAAUGGAAACAGGACGAAGGUGCAAUGCCACGCCUAAGGAAGUUGAUCAUAGAGGAAUGCCUCGAGUUAACCAUUCUCCCUCCUGUAGUAAGGAGUUUGACUGCAUUGCAAGAGGUGGUGGUGAACUUCAACUCAAAAUUGUCAAACACGUUUCGGGAGUUGCAGAUGGAGGUUGGGUUUAAGCUGCAUGGCGAAGUAGGGAUGUAAUCGAGCCGACCCGAGUUGAGUUUUAAGAUUUUAAGACUGUCUUGUUUAUGAAUCGAGCUCGAAUUCGAAUUUGAGCUGAGCUAUAAAAUGCGUGUUCAAGCUCGGCUCAUUUAAAACUCAGGCGAGCUCAAGCUCGAGCUCGAGCUCGUUGAUUAUAACAUUUGAGUUGAGCCGAGCUGGGUUACUCGACAAGCUCGGCUUAACUGGAGCUCGAGACAGGCUAUUAAAUUUUUCAAAAUGUAAUCGAAGCGGAGUUCAAGUC